GUCGGCACGGCACGUGUUUGUUUAUUUUGAAUGUUUUCUAACCUAAAAAUCUAUUAUCUUUGGGUUAAAACUUAAUAUUAUUUUGAGUUAAAAGUUAACAGAACAGAACUAUGGUUUUGGAAGGCAGAAUGGAUGGUUCUUCAUCUCAAAUCCAGUAUGGAAGCAAUUUGUCUUCCCAUAAUCCUUGUUACUUCAGCAGUUAUGGCGAUCUAAAGGUACAUGAAUUAAUGUUGAAGGACAAGACGAGAACAGAAUUUUACAAAAAUGUAAUAUUCUCAAAUAAAGAAGUGUUUCAAGACAAAAUCGUCAUGGAUGUGGGAACUGGAACAGGUAUCCUGUCUAUAUUUUGUGCUCAGGCUGGCGCAAAGAAGGUGUAUGCGAUUGAGAGAAGUGAAAUAGCUAAAUUAGCUACAGAUAUUGUUAAGGAGAAUAAUCUCUCCAAUGUAAUUGAGGUAAUACAAGAGCAAGUGGAAAACGUAGUUUUACCCUGUAAAGUAGACGUGAUGAUCUCGGAGUGGAUGGGAUUCUACCUUCUUCACGAGGGAAUGCUAGACAGCAUACUGGCUGCGAGAGACAAGCAUCUGAAGGAAGGAGGUCUAAUGUUCCCUUACAAAGGCAUCAUUUACUCCGCUCCAUGUCAACUCCCUGAGUACUUUGAACUUUGGGACAAGUUUCACGGAGUCAAGAUGUCGACUCUCGGCCAAGCUUUGCGGAAAGGAUGUCAAGGCGAGCCACAAAUCACCCGCGUUGCUGCUUCCGAUCUUCUAUCCGAAGGCAAGGAAGUAGCGAUUCUAGAUUUCAACAGGACAAGUUGCGAGGAGCUCAAUAAAAUCUCGGUAAGACAGUUUGUUGCAGUCAACAAACAAGGAAAUUAUCAGGGAGUUUGUUUGUGGUUCACAGUGGAGUUUCCGUCAGUGAAUGGGAAGGAGGGGAUGGUUUUAUCCACUUCUCCGUUAAGUGAGCCGACUCACUGGAAACAAACUGUGAUCGUUUUACCAGUUCAUGUUGAAGUGGAAGAGAAAGAUCCGGUCGCUUGGGAGUUGGUUUUAGAAAGGAACCAAAUGAAUCACAGAAUGUACAAUAUCCACCUGACCAUGCUUGAUCCCGAGACGGAGACGCAUCCAAUGCCUUGCGACUGCAGCUUCAUGAAGUGUAAAGUGAUCAAAGCCUUUCUAGAACAGCAGAACAACGAGGAAGAUAUGGAUGAGAUCAUUGAUUGUACGACUACGGAUGAUAAUGAUUAAAUUAGUGGAAACUAUUUUGUUGUUUUAA